AUGGGCGCGGACUUCCCCGAUACCAGCUCCCACUCUUCGUCUGACGAGGACGACGACCCCGAGGCCGCCCUUAACCCACACGGCGAGAACGACAACGUGGCGCCUCUCUUUCGUAUGCGGCGGUUGCCGCCCCAGGGUGGGGAGGAUGGCAGCGCCGUGUUGCUGCCCGGGGAGGGCACCGUCAUGUCGGUUUACAUGAUGAUGCACAGCUCCGAGCGCCCCAUAUGGACCACCAAAUCGUACGACCCCUCGUCGACCGGUUAUACAAUCCAGAGGACCCCGCCAUCGGUCAGUGUCUUGCAGUCGUCUGCGGGGAUUAUCAUACUAACAGUCGUCGAUUCUGCAGUUUACUGUCUUGUCGCCAAUAGGGUUCAGUUCCUCCGCCCUCGCUCCGAUGAGGCGCUCUACCAGGGCGUGCACGAGUCGCGUGCCAUCCUCUGCGAGCUUCUUGCAACCCGCAUUUUGCGCCGCUUCCACGAAGAUCACCCGGGGCGCUCGGGUCUCCUCCUCAUCGCCAACAUUCUGGUUUCCGGCUUCGACCCUUGCGAUACGGCACCGGAAACUGUACGAGCUCGCCGUCCACAAUGGGCCAUCCAGGAGCGGGGCGGCCACGAGCGGAAAUUGACGGCCCUCGAACUCGCCAUCAUCUCAGAAAGCAAGUUCCUGAUCAAGUCGCCCGCCUGUCAACUUGUCGUGGAUGCCGUGUACAAGGGAGUUGUAGUGUAUACGCCGUUGUCAUUCGUCGACUUCCUCCCAGACCACUACAAGUACCACCCUGUUUCGCUCUAUGAACCCCGCCGGGCUGCCAUUCUCAACCAUCACCGCCUCAUUGUCCCUCAGUUGAGGAACGUCAUAGAGCUGAUGCACUUUGGGAUCCUCCUGAUUCUUUACAUGUUGACCGUUGCCCACUUCGGGUUCGGGACUGACAUGGCUGGUGUCCGCCUUUACGAGACCGUCUUCAACGUUUUCGCAGCUGGUUGGGUGCUGGAACAGUUUGCGGCCGUUGUUGAACAUGGCUGGGAGGUCCAUGCUCAGAACCUGUGGUCGUUCCUCGACCUUACCUUCGUCGCCAUCUACGCCACCUACGGCUUGGUGCGCGCCGUGGAGCUCGUGCUUUCUGACGACGCCUACUAUGCGCUUCCAGUGUUGUGCACCGCCGCCCCCGUGUUGCUCACGCGUAUCGCAUUCGCCUUGAUGCCCGAUAACAUCGUCUUCAUUGCUCUCCACGCCAUGAUGCGCGACUUCACCCGCCUGACGUUUAUUGCUAUAUGGUGCUUUGCCGGUUUUGUCGUGGGGUUGCUGUUCCUUGCAAGAACCAGCGGCGAAGGGUCACUAAAUGCCAAUGUAACCUGGGCUACCGUCACCAAAUGGCUGCUAUGUGAAAAGGAUUUGGUUUGGGCCUUGACGGCACAGAUUAUCUCCAACGAAGCAGCGGAAGUCCAAUUCCGCCGCGCGGUCCUCACUUUCCAGGGCGUCAAGAGUGAUGCUAUCUUUUCCUAUCCGCCGCCCUUCAACAUCGCCGCCAUGCUGAUUCUUCUACCCAUCAAGUUCUUGGUGGGACCCCUGGCUUUCCACAACAUCAACGUCGCUGCCAUCCGCACCGUCAACGCCCCGGUUCUGUUGCUCAUUGGAUUAUGGGAGCGACGGAGCGUCUGGGCCCGACGGUCUAAGUCGACGAGAUUUGGAUCCUGGCGAUACUUCCCCGGAUUGUCUCCACACGGCGACAUCCAGGUCGUGUUUGGUUCGGAGCCGCCGCCUGAGGUUGUUGACGCGUUAGAAAAGAUGGAUGCUCUGCAUGAGGUCGGGACUGCCGCUGAUCGUGCGCCCACAAUACACUCGCCGAAGGAGCUGCGCGGGCUCGCCUCGGCUGUACGGAGGCGAAGGACGUCCAAUAGCAGCAGUAUUAGACGGUUCGAAACAUGA